UCUCAUUAAUAUGGCUUGUCGGAACACCAACGAGCUGCUUCAUUGAAUCCAGCGGACACCUGCUAAUGGAAUUUAACGUGUUUCACCUCUCCAUGUACUCUUUCAACUGACAAAGGAAUUCAGAAAUUGUUUUCGUUUAUUUGUGUGUGUGAGAGGGUUGUUUUUAAUUCAAAUUAAUAGCUAUUAAUUUGACCACCGGAAGAAUAAUUUAUUUUGGUCUCAUAUUUAUACGGAAAACCUUACGAUCAAGACCUACAACUAAAACAUACACAGAGACAAAAACGUUGUGAUCGUUCUAACACUAUAUGUUGCUCUUUUCACAUUGCUUAUAAACAGAACAUCUCUAUAAAGAGUUGUAUUCUUAUUGCAACAUUUCUUGAACAUAAUACUGUUGUUAAUAAUAAUAAUAAUAAUAAUAAUAAUAAUAAUAAUAAUCAUAAUCAUAAUCAUAAUCAUAAUAAUCAUCAUCAUCAUCAUAAGGAGAUGGAGUAUUGUUUUGGAGAUGUUUUCAAACGUCUGUUGUGCCCACUGUCUCUACUUCUUCUACAAUUUGUUACGUGGGCAGCGACGGCUGGCACGACUUACGAAUCAGAGUGGCUGUCCAGGAUGUUCCCGUCGACCCGGCUGACGCCGUCUUCCCUGUCGUCUACGGCGUCGAGGGAUCUCGUUCCACGUUACGUGCUAGAACUGUAUGAAGAAAUGAAAUUUCAGGACGAAAAGGCUAAAGAGGACGGGGCGACUGGCAAUGAAAACGAUGCCAUUAUGAGCUUCAAAGUGCAGCUAGAAAGAGUUAUUGUCGAUCCUGGGAAUGUCAUAAAGAGAGGCCUAAAUUUUAACCUGACAUAUUUAGCAAACGACUCCAACAUCUUAUCUGCUGAGCUGGUAUUUCCUGUCAGGACCGCAGCAAGACGCUCUCAAAUAAUGAAUACACAUGUGGAAUUUGAAGGAGUUCCAUUACAAAGAAUGCCACGGUCGACCAGAAACCGCGACUAUCUGGUGUUUGACGCCACCCAGGCUUUACUUGCCAACAGACUGAACGCGAAUCCAUGGGUCGAAGUCUCAGCUCCGCACAUGCGACCAAAUUCAACACUGACUGCGCAUUUCCGGCACAAUUCGUUGGGAGAGGUGCUCGAUGGUCUGUACUUGGACAAAGCACUAAUGAUCGUCUACGAAAACAUCGACGCGGCGAGACUCCGGAGCAGCAACUACAGAAGUAAGCGACAGACCUCCAGAGGCUUCGUCGACCAGUUCUGGAAUUUCAAUGCCGUGUUGAACUUCACCACCACAAGGACGCACACACCGGACAAUGGAACAGCCGAUGAUGAUGACGAUGACGACGACGACCAAGCGGUGUGUGGCGUCCGUCCAUGGUAUGUUGAUUUCGCAUCGAUGGGCUGGGUUUGGAUUGUUUCCCCACGUGGUUACUAUGCCAACAGUUGUGGAGGAACGUGUACACUUGGCACGGUCGGCAACAGGAUGACCAACUACGCCUUUAUGAAGAGUUUGUAUCACAGACAUACGGGCUUCCAGCACGCCGACACUCUGUCUGUUACGUCUUGUACGCCAACCAGAAUGUCGCCCGUGCGCUUACUUUACUACAACAUCAACCACGACUUAAUAUCUCAGCGACUACCACAGAUGGCAGUCAGUGAAUGUGGAUGUAGAUAAAAAAAGAAGUAAAAAUUGUCUGGCUUUGCAGGUUUUAGUAAUGGACUCAAAAGGGAGCCCAAAAGGACCUGAGGGGAUACAGAAGAGAGCCCUUCUAAAGGAUCUGAGGAGACCCAGACAGGAUACUAAGGGUCCCGAGUCCGGUGUUUCAGUAAGUUUCAAGUUCCAGGAUGUGGCAAUGGAAACUGAAGAACAAUGCCCCCAAAGAACUCGCGCUUCCUUCAGAAAAUAGAUUUAUUCCCCUGCCUCUGGUAGAAAUUCCUCAAUUUGGCCCUAUUCUCCUUCCACGAGGUCAAUCCCGAAUCCAGUAGUUAUUAGACCCCUACCGGCCCAACUGAAAGGGGAGUAUAGGUUUCGUCUCCGCCCUUCUGUCUGUCGGUCCGUAUGUCUAUUACACAUAUAGUUUUCCGCAUGUUUUUUUUCAACAAUGCCUCGAGACAUUGAAAUUUUAUGUGUACCUUUAACAUGUACUCUUACAAAUCAAAUUUGACUUUCAUGGCGAUUUACUCUUUUUGACAGAGUUAUGGCCCUUGGACUUACGAGAUAUGAAAAAUAAAAUUUCCGGACUUUUUUUUUUGCAAUGCCUCAAAAUACUGAGUAAAAAAAUUGUGUAUUGCUUCAUAAUGUUCCGUUACAGAUCACGUGUGCCUUUCAUGGCAAUUUACCCAUUUUUUCCUUGAUCUUAGGAGAUACGAAAAUCUGUUAAGCCCGGCGGGGGACAUGUGUUGCUUUAGCAGUAGGCCUACUCUCAAAAUGCAUGUUAUUACAACCUCAAAAUAAGUCGGAUAUAUGCAUUUCUGCGCUAUGCAAAGUAAAUUGUGGAACCUAUUAUGCUUAAAUCUCAAAACGGGACCAGACUGCGAUCGUCAACCAAUAUAUAAAAAAUACUAAAAGUUGGCUACCUUCCCAGAUAGCAUGUUGUUGAUGGACCAGUGCUGGACAAACAUUUAUUAUAUACAUAGCUGUGGAAUAUUUAGAUCUACAGAAACAAUAAAAGUGAUAUUCGGUGAAAAGUCAUAUUUUCACUGUAUUUUAGUUACAGUGAAAAUAUAAAAAUCAUAUUUAUAUUUUUGUGAACAUGUUUUAAUUAUUGAGGUCCGUGUCGCUUCGUCGUGUUUUCGUUUUUAGUUUGAUGACUACCAAUGCAUCUGAAUGUCUUUGAAUUUAAAAAAAGAAAAAAAGAAGACAAUUGUAUCUGUAAAAAAAAUGGAUAUGAAGUGCAAUUACGGUAAAAUAUCUAAAACUGAUCGAG